CCUAUGUCUCCAGGCAGUAGUAGCAAUGUUAGAGAAUAAAACGACCAACCUUGUGGAUGACAUCACUCUGCUGGAAAUUAAAGUGUCUGCUCAGCAACUUGGCUAUGACAAUUGGCUUAUAAAAGAGAAGCCAACUCAGUUCCAAGAAAUAAGAAUUGGAAAUGCUGCCAAGUCCAAACAAGAGAGCAGUGAUGCUUUAGAUAAGUUGCUAAGAGAAGCAAGUGCAAUGAAUAACAAUGAAUUCAAAGAGAGUGAGGAUGAACUGAGAAGACAUAUGAGUUAUGCCGAUCAGUUGUUCAAGCUAGCACCAACCGCACCUGAAGAAGUUGCAGACAGCAAAUGUGUUGGGACAGCUUUAAAGUCCGGUCCAGAUGGAACGCUGCCUUUGGAGUGUGCCUUUCCCAUCCUACUGAGUGAGAAACUGUCCACUGAUUUAUUUCAUAUCAGCUACUGCAGCAGUGAGAAGAUCUACUUAUCAGACCCCCUUGAGGUUGUUGAUCUGUACAAAGUGCAAAGACAACGGAUUCUGAUUCUGCAUCAGCAUAUCGAAGCAAGAGUUCAAAAGCUGAAGGACAUCAAACAGGACGUGAAAGAAAUGAAAGAGAAAGUUAGCCAUCUGGAAGAGAAUCUAUCAAUCCAAGAAAGCGACAUAAAGCCCAUGUUGGAAAUGGAAGACAGGAGGGCUAAUAAGUUCAGAAGAAGAGUUCAACUCAAAGAGACACAGAAGACAGAAACACAGGAUCCCAUCUUUACGACUGUGGAUAGGAGGGUGACAGAAAUUUACUCCUGCUUCUUCAAAGAACAACCAAUCUCUACACCAACUCGGGAAAAGCUCAUAAGUGUUAUAGAGCCUAUCCUCGCUUUGAUGAAGACCCUUGAAAACAUCCCUGAAAAGGAACUUCAGCAAGAGCGAGACGCCCUCAUUAAGGCCAGGUUUGUUUUCAAGAGCUUUGGCUAACAUUGAUGAGUCAUG